AUGGGUGCCGAAGAGGCAGAGAGGAGACGGGCUGAAGCCGCGAGUGAGCUACAGGCCGCCAGAGACCAGCAGGAGCGGCUCCGCGCGCGGAUCGUGGCCAUCGCGUCCGAGGCGCUGCAGGAGCUGAAGCAGCGGGGCUGCGAUCCAGCCAACAUGGACCGGUCGGGGGACGCGGCGGCGGUCCCGGUGGAGCUGGCAGUCAUAGACCGCACCCUGGUGUGCACAGAGCAGCUCAUGGACGUGCAGCAGCGGGCCGCCAACAUGCUCGCGCAGCAGGGAUCCUUCCAGGGCGAGUCGCUGCAGGAGGCGCUCGCCGCGGCCGUGGCGUCGCGUGAGUUCGGGACCCAAUGCACCGGGCCCGACCUCGGCGAUCUCCCGCCAGAGCUCAGGGAGCUGACGUCGGCAGUGCAGGAGAAGGCGCGCGAGGCGCAGGGGUCGAUGCGCGUGGCGCUGCUCUCGGCGGUGCGCACGGUGCUACGCGGGGCGGAGUGGCCGCCGGACCUGGCCACGAUCGAGAAGGCGAUGGGGUCGGGUGCGUGGGAGGCGUCGUGGGGCCACCACAACCUGUUCGGGGGGCAGGAGGGGCUGCAGCGCAAGAUGGUGGCGCUCGCGGGGGCCUGCCACGCGAUGCAGGCGUCGAUCGCGGCGGCGGGGGUCGGCGGCGCGGGCGGCGGGCGGCUCGCGGACAUCUCGUGGGCGGCGAUCGAGCUCGCGCGGCCGCUGCAGGAGCGCAUGAUGUACCACUGCAGCACCCAGCUGCAACAGGGCCCGGGCGCCGCGCUGCAGGCAGUGCUCAUGUACGCCAGCAAGGCCGCGAAGGCGAUGCCGCAGCUCCUCCUGUCCAUCCAGGCCGACCUCGAGAAGGAGCGCGCGCACGGCCCGACGCCGCUGGGCAGCGACUUUGUGCGCGCGGUCGAGCACUUCGCGCGCGGGGUGCUCGACGUGCAGGUCGUGCCGGAGCUGGCCGCGGCGCUGCAGGGGCGCAAGACCGACGACGUGUGGUCCCUCGUCGAGACGCUGCUGGAGUUCGAGACGUCGAUGACCAGCGCCAUGGGCGUCCCGGAGUCCCCCCCCGAGCCGCAGGACUUUGUGUGGUGCGACUCGGCGCAGCGGCCGCCCGCGGAGACGUGCCUGGGGCUCCUGCACGAGCCCCCGCUCGCCGACAUCCUGCGCGAGUACCAGGUGUCCAAGGUGAGGCAUAUCGUUGAGGAGGCGCUCGACCAGCCGCAGGGCUGGGACCCGGCGAGCAACGAGGAGAUGGCGGCGCACCGCCUCAGCGCACCGCCCAGCUCCAUCUGGUCCACCGGGCGCACGCUGUCGCGCGGGCCCUCCAGCGUGCACCGCUCGCACCGGGGCGAUGCGCGCCCCACGCGCGCGUCGUGCGGCAUCUUCAAGGCCAUCGACCUCGUACCAGUGUACCUGACCGCGAGCGCGCACGGCGCCGAGGGCUCCGCGGACCUGCUGUCGUGCCUGACGGAGGCGGUCAUGGCGCCGGUGCUGGCGCGGCUGGAGCGCGAGGGCGAGGUGAUGGGCGCGUUCGAGGACGUGAACAGCCAGCAGUGGAUCCGGCGGGCGGCGGGCGUGGUCAACACCGUGCAGCACGUCGCGGAGAGCCUGGAGGAGCUCUGCCUGCACCCGGCGACGGCGGCGGUGCCGCACGGCGACGCGGCGGUCUCGCGGCACGUCGCGGGCCUGGAGAAGCUGCGGCGGCGGUGGUCGCUGCGCGUGGCCGCGGCGGUCGACACCCGCCUCCUCGAGAGGCUUGCGCCGUACCUCGCCGACCACGCGCGCUUCCGAGCCGAGUGGUCGGACGAGGCGGCGGCGGGGCUGCCGGAGCCCGCGGCGCACACGCUGUACCCGGCGCUGGAGCUGCUCCACUCCACGCUCACGGCGCUGCAGGACGCGCUCAACCUGGUGUCGUUCCGGCAGGUGUGGUGCGCGGUGGCGCAGGGGAUCUCGCACCACCUGUUCGAGGGGCUCGUCAUGGAGGUGCGGUACACGCCGCUCGGGGCCCAGCGGCUCCUGAACGACGUCUCGGCCAUCGCCAACUGCUUCUCCGCCUUCACGCCGCGCCCGUGGCCGCACGUCCGAGAGCUCAUGGAGGCGUGCCGCGUGAUGAUGCUGGAGACGCGCAAGGCCGCCAAGGCGCUCAAGGUGCUGGUGGAGGUGCUGCCGGAUACGGGGGAGGAGUCGAUCGAGGGGCGGCAGGUCCUGGACGAGCUCGGGCUCACGGUGGUGGACACGGACCAGGCGGUGGUGAUCCUCAGCAACCGCAUCAUCGACGCGCCGCACUCUCCGCAGGCGGGCGGGGCGGGCGCGGAGGACGCGGCCGAGGGCGGCGCGGCCGCGUACGCCGACGGGGACGGGUGGGAGGGCGCGGCGCUGUGA